ACCUGGGAGAAAUACCUGAAAGAGACAUGUGCCAUCCCAGCUCCUGCCCAUUGCUUCAAGCAGUCAUACACUCCACCUGCAAAUGAAUUCAAGAUCAGCAUGAAACUAGAAGCCCAGGACCCCAGGAACACCACCUCCACCUGCAUUGCCACGGUGGUGGGGCUGACAGGCGCACGCCUCCGCCUGCGCCUCGAUGGCAGCGAUAACAAGAAUGACUUCUGGCGCCUGGUGGACUCUGCUGAAAUCCAGCCCAUAGGAAACUGUGAGAAGAACGGAGGGAUGCUGCAGCCUCCACUGGGCUUUCGGCUGAAUGCCUCCUCUUGGCCCAUGUUCCUUCUGAAGACUCUGAAUGGAGCAGAGAUGGCUCCUGUCCGGAUUUUUCACAAGGAACCACCAUCUCCAUCCCAAAACUUCUUCAAGACAGGUAUGAAGCUGGAGGCAGUGGACAGGAAGAACCCUCACUUCAUCUGCCCGGCCACCAUUGGGGAGGUGAGAGGUUCUGAGGUCCUCAUAACAUUUGAUGGCUGGAGAGGUGCCUUCGAUUACUGGUGCCGAUAUGAUUCCCGGGACAUCUUUCCCGUAGGCUGGUGUUCGCUGACUGGAGAUAAUCUGCAGCCCCCUGGAACAAAAGUUGUGAUUCCAAAGAGCCCUUUACCUGCCUCCGAAGUAAACUCGGAGAAACCUAGCAUGCACAGUAGCACAAAGACUGUUUUGGGGCAUCAACAAGGGCAAAGGCGUCGCAAAACAGGGAAGAAGCGUGGUCGAACGACCAAAGCGCUAAUCCAUCACCCCAUGCCUACACCCUCCAAGUCAGUGGAGCCUUUGAAAUUCCCCAGAAAGAGAGGCCCCAAGCCUGGCAGUAAGAGGAAACCUAGGACAUUGCUGAACCCAGCACCCACCUCUCCAACAACCAGUACCCCAGAACCAGACACAAGCACUGUGCCCCAGGACGCUGCUACAAUCCCCAGCUCUGCCAUGCAGGCUCCCACAGUUUGCAUUUACUUGAACAAGAACGGCAGCACUGGGCCCCACCUAGACAAGAAGAAAGUUCAGCAGCUGCCGGACCAUUUUGGACCAGCUCGAGCUUCUGUUGUCCUGCAGCAAGCAGUACAGGCCUGCAUUGAUUGCGCUUAUCAUCAGAAAACAGUCUUCUCCUUCUUAAAACAAGGCCACGGGGGAGAGGUCAUCUCAGCUGUGUUUGAUCGGGAACAGCACACUCUGAACCUGCCAGCAGUAAACAGUAUCACCUACGUCCUCCGCUUCCUGGAGAAGCUCUGCCACAAUCUUCGCAGUGACAACCUCUUUGGGAACCAGCCUUUCACUCAGAACAGCCACAUGCAGCGGUCACACGAGUACGACCACGACAGGUAUCUACCAGGUAGGAGCUGGGGCGGGGGCGGCGUU